CGCUCGUUUCUAGGAUACUGAGUGCUGGAGUUUUAUACGUGAACAACAGACUCUCUGGUCUCUGCUGGCCUCUGCUGGUGCUGGAAAUGCUACCGGCAGAACGUCUCCAUCUGCGGCAUGUGCUGCAGACCGUGUCGGUCCUAGAGGCAGUGGUCCUCCGCAGCUUCGGGCCAGACGGAGGACAGCUUCUGUUCACACGCGACAGCGGACAGGUGAUGCUGACACGCCACGGAACACGCAUCCUCACGGCUCUACGGUUGGAGCACCCGCUAGCCAGGAUGGUGGUGGAGUGUGUGUGGAAGCACAGUGCUGCUACAGGAGACGGUUCAAAGACCUUCAUCCUGCUGCUUAAGGCCUUGCUCCGGAAGAUACACACACACACCUCUCAAGAACCUGGGGAGGGCGCAGCCGCCAAGCGACUGGCUGAGGAGCUGCUGGCGUUUGGGCUGGAUGAGCUGGCUGACGUCAUUGACGUACGAGUGAGCCCGUAUUGCUCAGCCCUCUCUGAGAGGAAAGACGCUCCAGACACAAACACUCUGCAGAGUCUGAUGGGAGGAUUCCUUCACACCCGUCUCGGACGAGGCCACUGUGAAAUCAUCCAGCGGUUAACCUCUGAGAUGCUGUCUCAGUGCGCUUGUCACGACAACCUCCUUGUCACGUCACUCAGUUUUAUUGACGCACAUUUCCCGGCACUGCACACGGCAAUAUCGGGCUUCCCCAUUGGUUCCUCGCGUGUUAUUGAGGGGCAGGUAAUACACAGGGACUUCUCCACGCCCCACCCACCUGCCGAUCACCGACCAAUCAAAGUGCUGAUGGUGACCGAGUCUCUGGAGCCGGAGAUCCUGAAUGGAGGAACUGUGCUGGAGUUAGACAGGAUAGGUGGAGGGGGAACAGGAGUGGGCGGAGUCUUUGCCUGGGCGCAGAACAGGUUAGGGUGUGUGUUUGGGGGCCUGCAGAGUUUAGGCGUCACUCUGCUCCUCUCCUCGGUGAAACAGUCAGAUGCGACCCUGGCUUUAGCCCGGCGAGCUGGGAUGUCUGUAGUAGAAUGUGUACCUGAGGACGAGCUUGCUCUCUCCGCUCGGCUCAGUGGGGCGGAGCCUGUGUCCGACUGGAGUCUGAUUGGCCGGCAGAACGUUGCAGCGCUGACCUUCUGCCAACCGAUCUUGCUGGGAGCUCACAGGUUUGUUCAUGUGGGAUAUCCCAGGUCCACAGAUGAGGGUCAUAUCCAGCCCCCCAGUCUGGUUGUGUGUGGUGCAGAAGACGGUCAGACCGACCAGUGUGUGUGUGCACUGCGAGAUGCUUUCCGCAUGCUACUGACAACCUUGGAGCCCAUACGCGGGACAGGCACCAGUGAUAGGGGGAGAACUCUAGACACACCCCACACCAGGAACACAAACAAAGACACACACACACUCAGGGAACCACCCAAGGAGGGUGUGUUGGUAUCUGGCCGUGUCAUCACCGUAGGAGGGACCUUUGAGUGGCUGUUACAUCGCGCACUCCUGCACACCCAAUCACACACUCUGUUAGAUGCACACACCCAGUCACGCACUGUCUCAGAUUCCCACACUCCUACACACACAAACAUAGGUAGCCAUGCCCAUAGCAGGAUACUGGCGGAGGCUCUUCUGAGCGUGCCCAGACAGAUCUACUCUCACAGCCCUCAUUGCUACCUCCAGGCCCAGACGCAGGCUCUGAGGUGCUUACACGAUGGCGGUCGCACCAUGGAUGGUUCUAGAACGGUCAAGACGGAGUCGGGGUCAAGAGAGACGAGUUCUGGUUCUGUGUUUGGUUGUGGUCUGGAGUCAGUGGCCUGUAAAUACCGUCUGAUACUGGCCGUGCUGCAGUGUGUGAGGGUCCUGCUACGCACGGACGCCAUACUCCACACACACACACCUUCACACACACACACUCACAGACAUUCAAACACUCCCCAGCAGGAUUCGGAGGAAGAGAACUGAGUCUGAAUAAAGAUACGCCGUCCCCGACACAGUCGCCUGUAUUAGUAACUAACUUUGUGAGUGUUUUUCUACCAAUUUAACAAGUUUGUAUUCAAUCCAUUUUAGGUGAUAAGCAUCUGAUUGCAGAGUGUUUUAAUAUCUUAUCGCAUGAUAACGGUUCAUGUUUGAGGUCCUAUGAUAAAUUGUGUCAAGGACACAAUGUAUAAAGGAAACCAUGCAGGAUAUGUGUAGUGAGGAAGGGUUUGUUUUUGUUGGCCGCUUGUGUUGGACUUCUCAUCAUAGCUCUUAAUGUUAUCAGCAUUCCUCUGUCUUAUCACUGACCUCCUGCCCAGUUUCAAUAACACACACCAUGGUUGUUACACACAACCCAAAUCCACUCACACACGUCCUCACACUUUUGGACCCACACUGCUAUAAUCACUGUUAUCAGGUC